UUCAAGUUAAUGGGCAUCCAGUUGUCGAAAUGUAUUUCAACAUAGUGAAACGUGGGUUUUCAACCUCAAAAGUGCAACAUGUUAUCAAGAAUGUCACAGUUAUAGGCGGUGGGCUUAUGGGAAAUGGAAUAGCACAGGUAGCAGCCCAGGCAGGUAACAACGUAAUACUCGUAGACAUCGAUGAAAAAGCUCUCAACAAAGCUUUCGAAGUUAUAAAAACAAACACAGGCCGAGUAGCCAAGAGGCGUUUCAAGGGAGAUCAAAAUCAAAUGAAACCCUUCGUGGAACAAACACUAGGUAGGAUAAAAUCUUCCACUGAUGUAGAAUCGGCCGUGAAAGAUGCAGAUUUGGUCGUAGAAGCUAUUGUUGAAAACACCAAGAUCAAACAGAAACUUUUCAAAAACUUAGACUGCGCUGCUCCGGAGAAAGCGAUUUUCGCGACCAAUACAAGCUCGUUGAGCGUUACUGAAAUCGCUUCUUUGACCAAAAGGAAGCAUAGAUUUGGGGGUAUGCACUUUUUCAAUCCGGUACCGGUGAUGGAGUUGAUCGAGGUUGUUAAAACUGAAGAUACGUCGGAGGAAACCUUCAAAGAGUUGUGGAAUUGGGGGACUUCUCUUGGAAAAACAUGCAUCAAAUGCAAAGACACCCCUGGAUUCGUUGUUAAUAGGUUGUUGCUCCCGUAUCUCAAUGAGGCUAUCCAUAUGGUAGAAAGAGGCGAUGCAUCUGUUGAAGACAUAGACAUUGCAAUGAAGCUAGGAGCAGGAUAUCCCAUGGGGCCCUUUCAACUUGCUGAUUACUCGGGUCACGAUACCGCUUUAGCAGUUCUGGAAGACUGGCAUAGAAGAUUUCCAGAUAAUCCUACAUUCAAACCAACCGACACGAUGAUUCGAAUGUGCGAAGAAGGUAAAUUUGGAGUGAAAAGUGGAGAAGGAUUUUACAAAUACAAUUAAAUAAAAAUUUAACAACAAA